AUGGAUACAGAAAAUUGCAUAGUUCGGAAGCUUUAUGUUCUGGUGCACGGUUGUUGCCAUGGGGCUUGGUGUUGGUACAAGGUUAAGCCACGCCUGGAAUCUGCUGGCCACCAAGUCACAGUACUUGACCUUGCAGCUGCUGGUAUCAACAUGAACAAAAUAGAAGAUUUUGAUACUUUUUCACAGUACUCUGAGCCUUUGUUGCAGCUAUUGCCCACAAUCCCCCCAAAUGAAAGGGUAGUUCUUGUGGGACACAGCCUUGGAGGGCUUAGCAUAGCCCUUGCCAUGGACAAAUUCCCCCAAAAGAUAGCAGUUGGUGUUUUCUUAGCUGCUUUUGUGCCAGACAUUGAACGCAAACCGUCUUAUGUCAUUGAAAAGUUCAAUGAGAGGACCCCAGCUGCUGAAUGGUUAGACACUGAAUUUUCCAAAUGUGGAAACAGAACAUCAUUGUUAUUUGGUCCUAAUUUAUUGUCCACCAAGCUCUAUCAACUCUCCUCCGCUGAGGAUCUUGAAUUGGCCAAGGCCUUAAUAAGGCCAGGGUCACUUUUUCUUGAAGACUUGUCUCGGCAAAAGAACUUCUCCAAAGAGGGAUAUGGAUCAGUUCCACGUGCUUUUGUUGUUUGCACUGAGGACCUAAUAAUUCCAUUGGAAUAUCAGCUCUGGAUGGUCAAAAAUGCAGGGAUUAAUGACGUGUUAGAGAUCAAAGGCGCUGAUCAUAUGGCUAUGCUUUCCAAGCCACAAGAACUAUGCGAAUCUCUCCUCCAGAUAGCUAUUAAAUACGCAUAAGUUCAUGGAGCAUGCCUUAAUAUUAUUUGUUGUGUUUGAAUUUGACUUGUGUUCGAAAAAUAAGUCUCUCUUUUGAAACCACAAGACAUAUCAAUAAAGUGACAUUCUUGCAUCUCGUGUGUUUUUUCGGGGUACAAGCACGCAACUUUGUAAAAUUCACA